UAUAUUCGGAGAACAUUUUUGUUAGAUUUUUCUUAUAUAUAUAUAUUAUCUUGUUGGAAUUUUAAAUAUGAACGAAUCUGGAUGUAAUUUAUUGACAACGUAUGCUUUUAAAGGAGGAAAAGAAUAUGUCGUUAAAAUGAAAGUAAUGGCUUUUAAACGAUGUCAAAGAUGUUUGGAAUUAACGAUAACAGAUAAAUUUACUGCAGAAGAUUGGAAAUCAUCUUACGAUACUGCAUAUAUUGAAAAUUUGACCCACAAAACGGGAAAUUAUAAACAGUUUGAUGUGUUUGUCGCAAUGCUACAAUCAGGACUAUUAAAAUAAUUUACAGACAAGCGAGUCUAUUACAUUGGAUUUAUUAACUUUUGAAGAUCUAGAAUUAUUACGUUCUCGCAAAGUUGAUAAUAAUUCUGUUUCGACUAUAAGUAAUAAGUCAAACAACAGACGAUACCUUAUUUUAACUUAUACAGUAGAAUUUGAUCGGUGAGUAAAAAAAAAAACAAAUUAAUCUUACUAUUUUGUCUGGAUAUAAGAACAACCAUGUGGUAUUAAUUGAAAAAUAAUUUCUGAAUAUACCCAAUGUACAUAUGUGUUUAGUGAACUUUUUUUUAUUACCUCUUAUAUCAAAUAAUAAAUACAAACAAUAUGUAUAAAAUUAAUCUCUAUGGAGGUAAAACAAGUAUUCUCGAAUAUAACAACCUUAAGAAUCCACUAUCCUUUGCCCUUGGAAUACUGUGGUUUGCCUGAUUCGACAAUAUUGCAAGCGACGAUAAGAAGAUUGCAAGCAGAAAUAGAAAGAUUAAAUUCCACUGGUAUGAAUAAAGAUCUUCAAAAACGUAUAGAAACGCUUUCAAUUACAAAUCAAAAAUUACUUGAAGAAAAUCGUAAGCUCUCUAAUGGAGGAAAAGGUAUAAGAAAAUUAGCUAGUGCAAUAAGUGCAUUAGAAAACAGCGUUGCUAAAGAACGAGCAUCAUUUCGAGCACAAAUUCAAAAACUUCGUACUGAAAAUGCUGCCUUGUCUUUAAGAAUACGUCAGCUUACUGAAUCCACUAUCAGAAGAUCUCGCGAUAAUAGUCCUGCGUUAAAACGUCGAACUCCACCACCUUCUUCGUACAGUCGUCGUUCCAUUAAUAGGAGAAGUAGAAGCCGAUCUCCUUCUAUUUAUGGUCAUUUUAAAACGUCUAGUUUGUCACCUGGAAGUUCGAUGGAGUCGUUUCAAACUAAAACUUCUUCGAAUCGAAAUAUUACAAAAUCACGUUAUAUAUCCUCUAAAGAAUCAAAAAUUGAUUUUGGAAAUUUGGAAUCAAGAAUUUACACACUUCAAAAAAUGUUAAAAGAGGGAAUUAAUCUGAGUUAAAAAA